AUGUUGAAUUUACAACACGGAUCAGUCAUGUCGAACAAUCGAAAAUUACAAUUUUUACUUGAGUCAAAGUUAUCCACCGAUGAAAAAGUACCAAAAACAGGUCGAAUCUUACGGAAUAAAAUUUUCGUUAUCGGUUUUCCCCCGAAUUGCACCGAAUUGGAUUUAGAAAAUUUCUUUUCAAAUUUUGGUCCAGUACGUGAAACUCGUAUUGUAAAAGAUGAAAAUGGCGUGACAAAAGGCUAUGCGUUCAUCACUUUCGUCAAAGAACGUUCUGUUGUGCAUGCGCUCGAAUAUCGAGUCCCACUUUAUUUCAUGGAUCGGAAGUUAUCCAUCAAUCCCGCGAUUAAAAAACAACAAUCCAUUCCAACAGAACGGUGUUUAUCAUCAACAACAAGUAUUGAUACACCUUCAGAUUUGUCAAACUCAUCCAAUCAAACAAAUGAUCGAAAUCUGUUCGCAACAUAUCAACAGUAUUACAAUCCAAAUAUCCCCCCGUAUUUUCCUGUUAAUGUACCAUUCCAUCCAAUCUAUUGUGCAUCAUCUUCGGAACCAAUUUGGCAACAAUAUUAUUCAACAACAACGACAACUUAUCCAUCUUAUCCUUAUUUAUCCAUGGCACAUCAUCCUUCUGGUGGAUAUUCAGUAUUCUCUCAAGUAAACAAUAAUAUUUAUCAUAAUUCUAUGAUUCGCAUUCCGCAUUUUCCAAAAAUUUUUUCAAAUUGA